AUAAAAAGAGAAACUCAGAAAGCAACGCGCCUUUUACUGAAGACAAAAAGGGGGAGAGAGGGAUCUGCUGAAGCAGAGAAGAGAAACGAUUAAACGUCGACGACGAAUAAGAAAAUAGAAGAAUCGAGAAGAUGAUGUCCGGAGGAUACACAAGCAUUGAUGAACAGAGGCUCUCUGGAUCUGUUCCUGCGGUUCCAGAUCAGGGUAACGUUACCGUCAAAUUCACUGAGUCAACUAUACAGACGUUUCCACCUUUGGAAGCACAGGGAAAGAUCUCUGGUGCUUCUGAUCCACCUCGUGAUGCUGAUGAUACAUUUUCAAAAUCUGGUGCUGGUGCCGGCUCUGGCCCUGGCUUUAAUGAAUCCCAGCCUAGUGGUUGGUUACGGCCAUUCUUAAUCACCACUUAUAAGCCAUACUUUGAUAUUGACACUGCAGAUGUUUUAGACAGGAUUAAGGACUCACUUUUUCCUUUCAGAGAUAACUUUAAUGAAAAAACAGCUAUUAACCCCGACUUAUAUGGACCAUUCUGGAUUUGCACCACCCUCAUAUUUGUAGCAGCUUCUAUUGGCACUUUUGUGACAUACAUAGCACACAAGCUGAAGAAUAAAGAAUGGGAGUAUGACAUAAACCUAGUGACUUGGUCUGCUGGUUUAUUUUAUGGCUAUGUCACCAUUGUUCCUCUUGGGCUAUAUUUUAUCCUUAAAUACUUCUCAGCACCAUCAGACCUUGUUCCACUAUUCUGUCUAUAUGGCUAUUCACUAUUUGUCUUUAUUCCUGCACUGUGUCUCUCAGUUGUGCCCUUUGAGAUAUUCAGGUGGGUAGUUGCUGGUUUGGCUGGGUUUAUGUCGGCAACUUUUGUCGCAACUAACCUACGAGCCCACAUUAAGUCUGCGGGAGAAAGAUGGUUGUUAAUAGUAGCUGGGAUCUUCCUGUUGCAGCUGGCUCUGUCUGUCGCAUUGAAGCUUUAUUUGUUCACCGUCACAGUAUGAAGGUAAACUAUUCUUUUAAUACAGAGACAGGAGCACUCACUACAUUUCUUGACUUCACAGCAUAAGAGCAAACUGUUCCUUCAAUGUGGAGGCAUGAACCGGCUAUAGAUCAUAAAGAAAGAGUUCCUCGUCCUUCAGCUUCCAUCGCCCCAAUCUUUACCCGAGCAUUAUAUACAUCAGUUAAAUCCUCAUGUAUUCAUUCAUUUCCAGAACAUAAAUUCGAGCCUAAAAUUUUGUUGCUUCUUUUCAUUCUCGUAGCAAGUCAAUAGAGACUUUCUCAACGAUGUCUGGUGUAAAUCGUGGAUAAGAGGGCAUUUCAAUUGAUUGAUUAUUUGAUUGAA